AUGAUGAAGCCUGCGUCUUCAGUUCUGUGUUUUCCACUACUUACCAUAUGGCUGUUCUUGGCCAUCGGAGUAAUCGAUGCGCAAACAAAGUCAAAAGGGAAAAAAGGCAACUCAGUAGUAAUGUCGGAAAUCGGCACCAAUCAAGCAGCGGGCAUAGCAGACGGGAGCAGCCCUAACGAAGUCGCCUCACAAGGAAAUUUAAAGCAACUCGAUCGCCGAAAUCGAUUACGAGACAAUACUAAUCAUGGAGGACCGAUGGUUCCCGAUGAAAAUAAUACAGGCGAUAGCCCCAAUUCACAGCCACGACGAGAAGAUAGACGAGAAGGGUCAAAGUUCAAACACCACAAAAAACAAAAAUAUGAAAAGAAACAUCACAAUUGUUCGAAAAAGGGUAAAAGUGGUUGUCAAGGACAUAAGAAACCAGGUCAUCAUCAUCAUCAUCAUCAUGACCGUGAAAAUAAACAAGAUGGCCAUGAAAAAAAGCAUCAGCACAAGCAUGAAACUCACUCGGAUCGCUCAAAUAAAAACCGUGAAGAAUCCUGGAAAGUAAAUGAGAAAACAGUUGAUCAUUCGUCUACUCAUCGCCACAAGGAUAAGAGACCGACAACGGACUCCAAGGAUGGAAAUUCUGAUCAUAAAUCUAAACCAGCCACUGAUGAAGAUGAUUUACUUUAA